AUGGCGAGCCGCGAAAAUAAGGCGUCGGAGCACAAGAUUAUUGGCAUAAGGCAGCCCAACAGGAACUACGUCGACCGAUAUGCCGUCCGCGUCGUGGCGCUUAACGAUCUCGGUCAGAUCGCCCUAAUUCAUGCCAAAGAAGGAAGCUACUUCAAACUACCAGGUGGUGGCAUUGACGCAAACGAGGAUCACCAAACUGCUGCGGCGCGUGAGGUUCAAGAAGAAAUUGGAGCUAUAGUUUCCUUCGUCCCCGCUGACGGCGAUGUCACGAUCAAUAUUCCCACGGCCGGCUGCAUUGCCACAACCGAAGAGUUCCGCAACGACCUUCAUCAGAUUUCUUAUUGUUAUUUCGCGAAAGUUGUGAAUACCACUGGCAAGCCGAACCUCACUGAAGACGAAAUUGUUGAUGGGCUUAGCCAUGAAUGGGUGACAGUCGAGAAGGCCCUGGAUAUUAUGAGUGCGGCGGAGCCUACGUCUGAGUUGGGCUGUUACAUACAAGAGAGAGACACUUAUCUCCUCAGUGAGGCGAAGGAGCUGAUGGAGGCGAUCCCCAAGAACGAAGCAAAUUAG